GGAGGGAUAAUUAAGUUUGCCGCCCGCCAAUAAGAAAUUCAUUUGGCCACGUGGCCUUUAUAACGCUGUAGUUUUCGGGGCGAGGGCUGCGCAGAGAUUCCAAUGCUGAUUGGUCGCUACUCGAACUAGAGCCAACCGGCUUUAAGAAGUCUGCACGACUACGCAGAUGUUUUGACUUUCUAAAAAGGAGUCGCUAUUCGUUUUCUCGAGUCAUUUCAGUUAAUAUGCUCAGUAAUGUGACGCUAAUGAUUAUUUUUAAAAACUCCGAAGAAAAGGGAUAAUAAACCAUUUCGUCCGCUAUAACAAUACGCGCUGACCUUUACACUUUAGUAAGGCGUUUGCUUAAUGGUCAGCGGCGUCGCUAUGGGAGGUACAUUCAGUUAUCCAAUUAGAAACACGAAACGGAGCAUGUAGAUAGAAAGAUGUGAAUGUGGCAGAAAAUAUAUUUAGCGAAUUCACCUUUGACGUUUGCUUGUUUGUUUACUUUAACGUGCCAUAUAACGGAAGGAUCAUUUAUGCUCUAGUGUUUGGCAACCCUGUUAUGAGCUUGAUCGGAUUGGCUGCACUCUAAAAAGGACUACCCGUGAAGGUUCACCAAGUUUGAUGCGCUCAACUGUGUGAGCUUCCACACCAUGAGUGGGGAGCCUGAUGCACUGGCUGUGGUGAACCAGCUGCGGGACUUGGCAGCUGAUCCUCUCAAUAGACGAGCCAUUGUUCAGGAUCAAGGAUGCCUUCCAGGCCUUAUUUUAUUUCUAGAUCACUCAAACCCUCAGGUUGUCUACUCUGCACUUCUGGCUGUCCGCUAUCUAGCAGAAUGCCGUGCCAACAGAGAAAAAAUGAGAGGAGAGCUGGGGAUGAUGCUUAGUUUGCAGAAUGUUAUACAAAAAACGACCACACCUGGAGAAACAAAACUGUUGGCCUCUGAAAUCUACGAAAUUCUUCAGUCCUCCAGUAGUGCAGAGGCUGACCAGACAGAUGAAGCAAGGUCUUGUAGACGCAAAGCUCAGUUCUUCCUUGGAUCCACAAACAAGCGUGCCAAAACUGUGGUUUUACAUAUAGAUGGCCUUGAUGAUGCUACACGUAGAAAUCUUUGUGAAGAGGCUUUGCUUAAGAUUCGAGGAGUCAUCAGUUUCACUUUCCAGAUGGCUAUAAGACGAUGUGUUGUGAGGAUCAGGUCUGACUUGAAAGCAGAGGCCCUGGGCUCUGCAAUAGCUUCAACCAAAGUCAUGAAGGCCCAGCAGAUAGUUAAAGGUGAAAGUGGUGAAGAGGUCCUGAUCCCAUUCCAAGACGAUAUCUCUGUAGAAGUCGAGCAGAAUACAGAUCUGCCAGAUUAUUUACCAGAGGAGGAGAGCCCUUCCAAGGACCAGGACAAAGCAGUUUCCCGAGUAGGAUCAAAGCAAGAUGGAGCCGGUUGGCUGAGCACAGCUGCAAAUUUUUUAUCUCGGUCAUUCUAUUGGUGACAGGGGUUUGGGAGAACUGGGAGCUCUGAGAGAAUUGCUUUAGUUUCUUUGGGAGCGGUGGACUGCUAAGUGCAAUUUGCAAUAAUAUUUGCAGUGUAUUUACUUAAAAAAAAAAAAAAGGCACGCACAUGUAUGCUGCAUUCAUUCUACACGCAACUAAAGAUUUAUUCCAUCAGGAGAUAAAGACAUUUAUGAAUUUGCUGCCUCUUCAUUUACUUUUUUUUUAGUUUUAUAUACUUUGUUUUUUUGGGAUUCAUUCACGGGUUCAUCUUCCAAACCAAAUGGUAAGCUUUAUCUCAAGAGUGGUGGAUUUUAGAUAUGUUACCCAGAGCACUGACUUUCACCUCAUUUUCUGUUCACUUAAAGCAAUUCUUAAUGUUGUUUAGAUUUUAGUAUUGUGUAUCAAAUAUGACUGCAUUAAAUACAAAUGUAUAUUUUUUUAUUUUCCUUCCCCGUUGUAUAAUCCACCUUGAAUUUGCAAAAUUCUAAGGUAAUGGCCAACCCUGCACUACUCUUCUCAUUUGAGAAUCAGUCUAUACACGUGUUAUGUCUGAGCUGCCUCUUUAUUUUGUUUACAUGACUUAUUUUUGCUUAUUUUGUGUGCCUUGUUGGAUGGACCUGCUAUUUAUUGUGUGCUGUUUAUUUUUGUUGUAUUGGUUGCUUGCCAGCAUGUUACCAGAAGUGGCUUUUUAUUUUUAAUGGCACAAAAUAAGAACAACUUCUCAAAUAAAUCCUAGUUACAGUAGGUCAAGUAUUUUUCUGCACCACAUUUUUAAUUUAAAUAAAAUGCCAAUUACUCCUGUAGAUAUCUAGAAGUAAAAAUGUUGAAAACAAUGCACAGAUAGCCAUUUAUGCAUUGGAGGGUAGAAUUUUGUCACCCUUAUUAUUCCAGUCAACCAAUUAAAGUUUCACAAUUUCAAUAACUUUUAUUAAUGUUAAUUUUACAUAUAUAUUAAUUUUAAGUUGACACCUCUGAAAGAUGCAAAUAUGUUAAUGCAUCCCCAAAGUAGUUCUGCUGUGUUGACGAAACACUUCACAAGUUAUUUCAGCAUACAGAAUCUGUCCAGCCCAAUGCCCAUUUCACAUUAAAUUGUUUGAUAUAUACAUGUAAGUCAUUGCUUUUCAAAGGGAUUAAAAGUUUCUACUAACUUUUGAUUUUUAAGACUAGAACAAAAACACACUAAGCAGAAACAAAAAAUAAGACUUCUAGAAACCAGAUGAAAACAUGUUUGUUAGAUUUGAUGUAUUGUACAUAGCUACCUGUUUUAUCUGAAGAUGCCCAGCGUUGUUUCGUUGUAUCCUUUGCCAUAACCAUUAUGGAAUUAAGACCUAUAAGUGUCUUUUUAAAAUUGAAAUUUUGUAAUUGAGGAAGUUUUCUGGUAUAGAGACCCCCAAGGGGCAAUACUGUAUUUCUACAGUAAUUAAAAGUGAAUUCUGAGGUUCAAGAAUUUUAGCAGUAAAGCACAAUUUUUGUGAAAGUUUAAACUUUUAGAUUGUUAAUGAAAUAAUUGAAAAAUGUCUCAGAGUAGAGCCUAAUUGAUCAAUUUCCAAUUUUUUAAACUGAUCAGUGUUUAAAAAAACCUUUACAAUUCAUUUUGUAAUUGGAUAAUUAGAGUUGAUCAGCCACCAGCUCUGAUUCCAGAUUGAGAGCCGGUAAUGGUAGGAAUAAACGUUUCAUGUAAACUUGUUUAUAUAUUUACAGGUAUUUUGCAUGCUUGUCUCGCAAAAAUAAUUUUAUUUGCCAUGUUUUUGAGUUGCAACUUAAAAUCUGUCUCAAGAAUGUAAUAUAAUGUCUGCCUUGUGGUGUCAGCAGCACUUUUGCACUGUACUGAUUCAUUUUACAGUUGUUAAAUAAGCUCAUCUAGAGAAUGGUCAAUGAUGUGUUUCUGCUUCAUUUUUGUCAUUUUAAUUUAUAUGACAAUGUAAUGUUGGUGCUUUGUGGCCUAUGAUGUAUUUUUGUCUUUUAUUUGCAAGUAUCGGUAUUAAUAAGGUAAAUGUAAAGGUUACCAAACCAGUAGAUGUGGUACAACAGAUUAAAAAGCAUGAAGGCACAAUGCAACUCUGAAUUUAGAUAUUAUUUGAAAAUGCUUGUUUUUAGAUGCAUUUCUCUUUUAAACCUUAGUAUCACAUCAACAUACACUGGUUUUUCUGUUUUACAGAAUGUAUUGUGUCUGAGAAGAAUUAAGGUUGCCAUUAUUAACUAAGUGUUAAAUUCCGAAUUAUAAAUAAAGUUAUACCACUUAACCAGCUAGACAUGCUGUAUUGCUGUUCAAGUGCAGCCUUCUACAUUAAAGGGAAGGAGGAUUACAUACAUUUAAUUUGUGCAUUAAAUAUGACUCAAGCAGGCACGUUAUUAUUAAAAAUAUUUAAAUUGUUGUGAUUCUUACUAUACAUUAUGCGUUCAAAUAUGAAGUUCUCUGAUUUAAUAAGAUUUAUAGCAGGUAUUACAUUUUUAUCGUUCUCGGCAUAACUCCCAGAGGAGUGCAGUACACAAGACAGUCUCAGAUGGGAAGCUGUUGUGAUGCUUUCUUCUGUAGUAUAUGGAAGCCACUGUGGUUGUCCUUUCAAACCCAGGCCAAAGAUGGUCCUUCAUGGUGCAAAUAAACAAAUAUCAGACCGGUUCGACAGUCAUUUUGUCUGAUCCUUCAAUAUGGCUUUUUUUUUCUUGCAGCUACACAGCCAUAAUAUGUUGGAGUGAAAUGUUAAAGCAAAUAAGCUGGGUGUUACACUUGCAUCAUAGCUUAAACUUGACUCCAAGUAUUUGUUCAUUUUUGAGCAAUGUAAAGUGGUUGCCUUGUACGUACCACAGUGUCAGCAUCUUUGUUUUGGUUUUUGUUUUUUUUUUUUUUUUCAGCUGAUGAGCGCACACUUAACAGCAUUUUUGCAUUUUGACGCCUUUUGUCCCCUCUUUUAAAUUGAGGAUUCCCACUGCUCUACAGUACUGCUAUCCUCUUUCUGGCUCAGGAAUCUUCCAUUCAUGUUGUGUUAAAUGCUUGUUAAAUUUCCACCAUGCAUUCAGAAAUUGUGAAACAGGGAGCUUUUAAUAUUUGAAUGCAUCUUACAAUAUAAAUCAGGAAUAUAACUUGUCUGUAAAUUGUAUCUUCCCCCUCAUGUGCUUGUAAAUAGAUAAAGAUCAAAUUAAUAUGUGUGCAUUUUAAUGAGGUAUACUGCUAAUAGUUACAAGGACCACUAUACAGUUGUUAAAGAUCAAUCACUAACAGCUAAAUGUUACUGUACUGUUGCAAAUGAACUGGUAACAUUUUAUGUUUUGUUUUUCUUUUACGGUUAAACUUUAAAAAAAAAAAAAAA